ACAGAGUUCACAUCCUAGAGAAUAUCGGCUUGGAAAGCCUCGUCCACUAAAUUCGAGAUUCUGUAAUUCAUAUUGACUUACAAGACAUUUUUUAGAAAUGAAAAACAAAUAAUAUCAUUCGUUAUCAAACUAAAAGCAAUAUUCGUAACACCUUUCAUUUCUAUAUUGGUGUGACUUGCAAAUGGAAAAACAAAUUUGAGGUUUACAAGUGAGAUUCUUUAUCCGGAACUAUCGCGAUAUCGGGAGCCCCAGUCUUCAAACACCGUAACUCUUUGGUAUGAGAGAAAUUGCAUCUCAUGAAUACAACCGCAAACUCUAGUUAUCUAAGUCGUAACUUUUCUGGCAGCGACGAGGAGUGCUUUUUCCUUCCAGAUGCAGAGUUCGAGAAGAUAUAUUUGCGAUACAAGAGUAAUCUUAUUACUGCCAUAAUAAACGCUGUCUUUGCUCCGGUUGCCGUUGCAGCUAACCUCGUAGUGGCCUUUGUGAUUUUUAGAUCGCCACAUUUGCGACGUCCAUCGACUUUUCUUCUGGGAUGCCUUGCUAUCUGCGAUUUGUUAGUUGGUCUUCUGGAACAGCCAUCUUAUGUAGCGUUCAGGUUGCUAGAAAAUCACAUCAAUUAUGUUCCAUGUAGCAUCAGAAUGCUCUAUUCCACUGGGUUUUACAUCUGUUAUGGGGUAUCUUUUAUGACUCUAAGUGCUAUUAGUUGUGAGAGAUUCGUAGCUUUGGCCUUGCAUCUUCGUUAUCAGGAGCUAGUGACCACUAGACGAGUGUUUCGCAUUGUUAUUCUGAUAUGGUCAACAGACAUCGUUCUAACGGCGCUUCAGUGGGCUGGUAUCAAUACUGUAAUAAGAGCAAUACACUUGGUUUUAUGGUGUACUUGUCUCGUAUCGUCAGGCUUCAUACACUACAGAAUUGCGAGGAUCGUAAGGCGUCAUCAGAAACUCAUCAAAAUGCAGCAACAAACUACAUCAAGUCGGUACAAACGACAAACCAAACUAGCAAUGAAUAUCGCCUACAUCGUUGGAAUAUACUUUUUCUUCAACAUUCCCGUCUUGUUUGUGACAAUAUACCAUCAGAUAGCAAGUGGUAGCUUAAGUACUUAUGACUUCUAUAGCUGGACAGAAACUAUAGCUUUUUGCAACUCUGCCAUCAACCCUUUCGUAUGCAUUUGGCGUAGUCGAGAAAUACGUAAAGCAGUUGGGGUAUUCUUAAAGAAAGGAUUCUGCUCAGAUGAUUUACGUUUGGAAGAUCAUGACUCUACAUCAGUAAACAAGGGAAAGGGGACAGGGAUUGCAGUGAAAUAUAACUGUGACAAAAAGAAAAAUGAGGAAACGCCAAAUGUGCAGUGUCGGGAUAAUCCGGUCUGCAUAGCAGAAUCGACCGAACGCAUCUAAUACUCCAGCUUCGAGUUCUCUUUGCUCAGCCUUAGUCUUGGUUGUGCGUUAUAACAUUCAUCUAUUCAACCAAAACCUGUAGUACUUCAGUUUAUAAUAAUCAACUCUUAUUGUUCCUUAGUUUUUGCAUUCCUUACUAUACGAUAGAACGCAUUUGUACACAAUCGAGGCUAAGUCGACACUGAGCAAAGGCAAACUCGAAAUGGAAGCAAUAUACCAUCAGAUAGCAAGUGGUAGCUUAAGUACUUAUGACUUCUAUAGCAGGACAGAAACUAUAGCUUUUUGCACAUCUGCAACGAAAGCCAAAAUUUGGUUUCUCAGGCGCCUUCCACACUAUGCCGGAUAAAUUUGAAUCCGAAUUUUCACAUAGAAACCGAAAAAAAAGUUUUCCGUCCACACUAAUACGGCUAGCCGGCGUUUUCAAAUUGUUCCACUCCAGAGACCGUAUUCGAAAAAAAUCGUUAAACGAAUAAAUAGAAAUUCGGAUUGAAAUUUAUCCGGCAUAGUGUGGACGUAGCUUCAAAUCCGCUUAAGCCUUGUGCUAGCUAGAAAAUCUUAUUUAAGGUUUCAAUAUUUAAUUUAUAGCUAAACAAAACUUUUAUUUACU